GUGGCAGCACGAUUCCUCGCGUGUUGUCGGACCGGAGAGUCGCGAUGGCGGCGGUGGAUUCGGAUGUCGAAUCGCUCCCGCGUGGGGGUUUUCGCUGCUGCCUUUGUCACGUUACUACAGCCAACCGACCCAGCCUAGAUGCCCAUUUGGGAGGCCGGAAGCACCGGCACUUGGUAGAACUAAGAGCUGCCCGUAAGGCCCAGGGACUUCGAAGUGUGUUUGUCAGUGGCUUUCCUCGCAAUGUGGAUUCUACUCAGCUCUCUGAAUACUUCCAGGCAUUUGGUCCUGUGGCCAGUGUUGUCAUGGACAAGGACAAGGGCGUGUUUGCCAUCGUGGAGAUGGGGGACGUGGGUGCCCGAGAAGCUGUCCUGUCUCAGCCCCAGCACAGCCUCGGCGGGCAGCGCCUGCGAGUCCGGCCACGGGAGCAGAAAGAGUUCCAGAGCCCAGCAUCCAAAUCCCCCAAAGGUGCUGCUCCUGACAGUCACCAGCUGCUCAAAACUCUCGCGGAGUCGCCAGAUGUGGGGGCGCAAAUGGUUAAGCUUGUGGAGCUCAGGGAAUUGUCUGAAGCUGAGCGGCAGCUCCGGAGUCUGGUGGUGGCCCUGAUGCAGGAGGUGUUCACAGAGUUCUUCCCUGGCUGUGUGGUCCAUCCUUUUGGCUCGUCUGUAAACAGCUUUGACGUUCACGGCUGUGAUCUUGACCUCUUCUUGGAUCUGGGUGACUUGGAAGAGCCCCAGCCAGACCCAAAGACUCCAAAGUCUCCAUCCUUGGACUCAGCGCUUGCUUCCCCACUGGAUCCUCAAGCCCUGGGCUGCACCCCAACUUCCCCUCCAGACUCGCACCCUCCAGCGUCUCCUCAAGACUCAGAAGCCCUGGACUUUGAGAUCCCUUCCUCCUCCCUGGCACCCCAGACUCCAGACUCUGCUUUGGCCUCUGAGACCCUGGCCUCACCCCAGUCCCUGCCUCCAGCCUCACCACUGCAGGAAGACCUGGGGGAGAAGGAGCUGGGCAAGGCCCUGGGAGCAGCAGAGGCGCUGAAGGGGGAGAGGACAGAAGGGGAAACCAUGCUGGAACUGGUGGGCUCCAUUCUGCGGGGCUGCGUCCCUGGAGUGUACCGGGUCCAAACUGUGCCCUCUGCCCGGCGCCCUGUAGUCAAGUUCUGCCAUCGGCCUUCAGGGCUCCACGGGGACAUCUCCCUCAGUAACCGCCUGGCUCUGCACAACUCCCGCUUCCUGAGUCUCUGCUGUGAGCUGGACGCACGCGUUAGGCCCCUCGUCUAUACUCUUCGCUGCUGGGCCCAGGGUCGAGGGCUGUCAGGCAGCGGCCCCCUUCUCAGUAACUACGCCCUGACCUUGCUCGCGAUCUAUUUCCUUCAGACCAGGGACCCGCCUGUGUUGCCCACUGUGUCCCAGCUCACCCAGAAAGCAGGUGAGGGAGAACAGGUGGAGGUGGAUGGCUGGGACUGCAGCUUCCCCAGAGAUGCCUCGAGACUGGAGCCCAGCACCAAUAAGGAGCCCCUGAGUUCCCUGCUAGCCCAGUUCUUCGCCUGUGUGUCUUGCUGGGACCUUCGGGGCUCGCUCCUGUCCCUGCGGGAGGGUCAGGCGUUCCCGGUGGCAGGGGCCCUGCCGUCAGAUCUCUGGGAGGGCCUCCGUCUUGGUCCCAUGAAUCUCCAGGACCCUUUUGACCUGAGUCACAACGUGGCAGCCAAUGUGACCAGCCGGGUGGCUGGGCGGCUACAGAACUGCUGCCGAGCGGCAGCCAGUUACUGCCGAAGCCUCCAGUUCCAGCAGCGCUCCUCCCGGGGGCGUGACUGGGGAUUGCUCCCCCUUCUGCAGCCCAGCUCCCCGAGCUUCCUGCUGUCUGCAACCCCCAUCCCCUUACCCUCUGCUCCUUUCACCCAGCUCACGGGUGUCCUGGUCCAGGUGUUACGGGAAGCAUUGGGGUGCCAGAUAGAACAGGGAACCAAGAGACUGCGGUCAGAGGGAGGUGGAAGUGGGGAGUCUGGCCAGGGAGGGACAAGCAAAAGAUUGAAAUUGGAUGGACAGAAAAAGAGCCAGAAGGAGGAGCCACAGGAUUGCGUGGUGAAUCGCAGCGAAGAUGGAGUGGAAGAAAUGGUGGUAGAGGUUGGAGAGAUGGUGCAGGACUGGGCCAUGCAGAGCCCUGGGCAGCCCGGGGAGCUUCCCCUGACCCCUGGGAAUCACCUCGUCGCUGGAGAAGAGGGGCGGUCAGACUGUGCAACCCUGGCAGAACCGGGGUCCAGGGGACCCCAGUCAGUACAAGAAGGGCCGCAGGGGGAGCCGGGGAGGGGGGGAUUGCUUUCCUCAGUGAGCUGGCGCUGUGCCUUAUGGCAUCGGGUAUGGCAGGGUCGGCGGCGCGCACGGAGGCGCUUGCAGCAGCAAACCAAGGAAGAAGGUGGAGGCUGCCCUGGCACCAAAGCAGAGUGGCUGGCCACUGAGGCUCGGGUGACCCAGGAGCUAAGAGGACUGAGCAGUGCUGAGCAGGGGCCACAGGCCCAGCCACUCCUGACCUUUGUGGCCUCGGCCUCCCAGGCUGACCACACAUUCACCAUGACCCCCCUCCAGGACUCCCAAGGCCUGUUCCCUGAUUUCUAUCACUUCUUGCAGAUUUUCCUUCCUCAGGCACUUCGAAAUCUCCUUAGGGACCCUGAAGGGCAAUAAAGCUGCUAACUUAA